AUGUGGGAAGGAAGAAAACAUCUCGUGGCACUUGCUGCAGUAGCAGCUAUUACAACAUCACAUGCCUUCACCACCGGACCAGGACCUCGUGUACAGCACAAGUCACAACCAAUGAACAGAGGAGUACAGUUGCGUGCGGUUGGCGCUUUCGAGUUGCCAGGGAAAAGCCCUUUCACAAAACCUUCAUGGAUUCUACCCAAAGCAAAAAAAUCAAGUCCAACAGGACCACUAGAUACUUUCAACUCUAACGGUAUCGCUUCGAAGCCUUCAAUCGAGUCCAAUCAACUGCAAAAAAAAGAAUCCUCACAGCCCACCGCAGUCUCCCAUUGGAAGGACGCAUCAUUUCGAUGGGCCAUCCCACUCCUUGGAGCGAUUCUUGGGGCAGGCUUGGCUGGCCCAAUCUCAUCACGCUUCUUUGACCGCGCUGCCACAAAGGGAGUCAACGUUGCUGCUAUCAUGUUCCUAGGAGGCUUUGGGGGCGCCAUUGCCGAUGCUUUGGAUGACGAUGGAAUUUGGGUCGCACCUGAAGAGUCUUCGCCGCUCAAUAAGAUUUGCCCAACAAUCUUGGAGUUGACAUUGCAUUUGGGCACCUUCUUGAGUGCAGUAUUCACAAGCACCUGGUCAAAUCCCGUCCCGUUUGCCAUGCUGAGCGCAAUGUACUCUUAUGCUGUGCUUAUCGGAGGCAAAGCCGUACCAGAUUUCAAGAACAAGCGUGGUGAAGCCGUGAUUAUUACCCUGUGCCUUUUACCACUAUUUGGUAUGUUUGGUGCUCGAAUGGCAACAUCCUCACUCUACACCAACACUCUGAUUGCAUCCUUCGCAUCAACCUGUCUCUGGCUGAAGAAGAUUAAGAAGACCAGUUUCUUCCAACAAAGACCUGACUUGACCUCAGCGAUCACCUCCUCGGGAAUCUUUCGCGCCCUUCCACUAAUGGCGAUGACUCCGUUUGGAGCGACCAGGACUCUGCUUGCGGGUUUGGCUGUCUUCUUUUCGGACAACCUCGGAUACCGGCUUGCCAAGUUCUGUAGUCUAUCGAGCUUUCGAAACAAGAUUCUCAAAUACGGCAUGGCAGCAUCUGGAGUCGUUUGGAGCAGCGCCUAUGCAUCCUACGGGUACCUCAAGCAAUAUCCAUUUAGCUUUACUACAGUGAGCUACAAUCUUACUUGGGAAAUCUUCUUCAGUCUCGAGAAGACUCUCUUCGAAUCUGGCAAACUGAGCGUGAAAGCAAUCGCUCCAGUACUAUGGCUUUUGCUUGACCUGACCAUGAUUCUACGGUGCGAAGGCCUGUUCAGUAAGGCCGCAUUGAAACUAUUUGGAGUUGUUUCGGGUUCAUUGGCGGUCCUUCUUUCCUUGCGUGCCAAGGGAAUGAUUGGUGAUCGCUUCUCCAAUGAUUUCAAGUAUUCUAGCUUCCUCACAGCCAUCUAUCUGAUGGUCGAAAGUAAGAUGAUGCUGGCUGCGGAUCCAACGAACGCCCUCAAGAAGUUCGCCUGUUUCGGUAUCGCUCUUGGUAACAUGCUUGGAGCAGUCCGAUCGAUUUGGCGCGUGAAUACAGAAAACGUACAGUAUUCCUACUGGAUGCCAGUAAUCUUGGCAUGCAUGUUGCAGGGCGGGUUCGAGAUUUGGUCUCUAGCAGUUGGACUACUAUGA